AUGCGCUACACCACUGUUCCCAUCCUUUUCAACCUCCUUCUCUCAUCCACGUCCCUCGCCGCACCCAACGAACCCUGCUAUGGCCCCAGCGGCAUCGCAGGUGUCUGUAUCACCGACGCAGCCUGCAGUUCCGCCGGCGGUACCUCCAUCUCUGCAGCCGGUCAGUGUCCUGGUCCAUCUCAGAUGAAAUGCUGCUCAUCUGCCGCUACUGGCUUUGGAGGGUACUCUGCGCCAACGAUCCCAGCUGUGGGAGCUUGCAAGGCGGUUUCUGUCAAUGCGGCCAAGAAGGUCGUUGCUGCGUUCCCUGGAAGAAUCAGGGAGAUCGGAUGCAAGAGAGACUGCUCUUGUCCUGGAAGUUCAGACCAUUGCUGUGGUCUCGCAACCGACUUUAUGUGUUCUGAUGGCGGCGGUUCUGCUACACUUUCCGGAAAAGAGAUUGCCGAGUGGUGCAUGAAGAACCGUAGUGCUCUCAACCUCAAGUACGUCAUCUGGGGACAAAAGAUUUGGACUACUUCUGUAGACAAGACAGAAGAAAAGUGGGAGAACUGGCGAACCAUGGAGAAGCGAGACGGCUUGACCCAAAACCACUGGGAUCAUGUCCAUGUCUCAUACAAUGGAUAG